AUGUCAACCCGGCUCGUCUUCUCGCGCACUCUCCCAUCAAACGCACUCCCACGACCGCGCACACGCCGUCCCUCUCACGCUCUCGCCCUCGCCCAACCACGCUCAUUCGCAACUUCUCCAUGCCCGCGGGAGGGGAAACACGGCUCGACGCGCAAGAUGCGCCCGCGGGACCGAUUACAGUUCCUGAUGGAGAACGAGAAGGAUGGGACUAUACCUGCGGAAGAGGGGGAGGAAACGACUGUGUUGCCUGCGGCCUCGGAACAGCCUGUCGAUCCUCCGACUCCUGCGACGGCGACUCCUGCGCCUGAUACGGCAUCACACGCGUCCAAUGCUGCGCCUUCGACGUCUUCCUCCUCUGCGCAACCACAACCGCCGCCUCCACCGCCUUCGCCUCCGGCCGCAUCAGAAGGCGAACUGAUCCUCCCCCCACCAAUGCCCGGUCUGCCUCCCUUGACGUCGCACCAACUCCCCCUCACUCGCCUCCCCUUCUCCUCUCAACAAUUCGUGAAGCGCCUCGAGGGCGCGGGGCUGAAGAGAGGAGUGGCGACCGAGUUGAUGAAGUUGACGAAGGGGUUGUUGGGGAGGGAGGAACAGCGGGCGCAGCGGGAGAUCUUGAACAAGCAGGACUUGGAGAACGAAUCCUACCUCUUCACCGCGGCCCUGGCCGAACUGAAAGCCGGCUCGCAAAUCAAGAGCCGGAACGACGGGAUCACGCUGCGCAGCUUGACGGCCAACUUGCAGCGCGAGACGGACGGGUUGGACCAGAAGUUGAAGGAGGACAUGAGGAGGUUGUCGAGCGACAUUCAGCUCGACAUGAACAACCGGAAGGAGGAGAGUAGCCAGGAGUUGCAGGCGCUCGACAAGAGGGUCAUGGACCUGAACAGCAAAUUCACGGUGAUCCUCGGCGAGGUGCGGACAGAAGCCGAGUCGACGCGGUGGAUCAGCACUCGCCGCGCCAUCGUCGCUAUCGCUGUCUUUGUCGUGUACACCGUCGCCGCCUGGUCGUGGGAGAAGAAGCGACCUCCACCUCCGCCUUCGAUCGAGGAACUGGGCGUCAAGGUUCCUGUCGGCGAGGAGGACGAGGCGCUGCAAACGGACGCCGCUGCGGGGGACUCGCAGCGGGGUUGGUCGUUCUGGGGACUCGUCGGGCCGACAGAGGGCAAACGAGUCGGCGGCGACGAAGACGAGGCGUGA